CAUAAAUAGGAGGUCAAGUUGAACAGUGGCCACAGCAAUAUAUUUUUUAAAAAGUUUUGUUAAAUGACACUAAAUAAUGAAUAAAUUAUAAAACUGUGAACAGUGAGGGAUUAACUAAGAAGAAAAUAUCACAAUGAUGCAAUUGCUUGUAAGAAAGUUGAGGAGAGAGUUGGACUGUAGGUUACAUAUUCUAGCAGUCUGCAUAUUGGGUGUUACAUUCCUAUAUCUGAUCACUAGAUGGCUUGCUGUAUCAAACAACCCAAAUGUGGCGAUCACCAAUCAAUUUUUACCAUUCGAUGAGACUAACUAUGUUAUUGAGAACGAUAACGGUGAUAUUGAUGAUGACACCGAUAUCAAUGGUGACACCAUCCCCAAAGACAAGUAUGACUUCUACCGCACACAGGAUAGUGUGUCUGAUACUGAUCCAAAUGAUUAUGUUUGGUCAGAUUUUGCGUAUAUUUAUAGACUUAAGCAAGGAGGUAGUGUGUUAUCUAAUAGGGAUGAUCAAGAGAUGUUAGCUGAUUGUGAAGGCAUCCACACUAUACAGGAGCUUGAUAGGGAACAAUAUUGCGGGAUAGAGAGAACAUUAGGUAGAAUCAAUGGAAGGACUAUCGUUAUGAAACAAACCACCCAUAUCAACGCCACCACCAUUAAACAUUGUAUUGGCCCACUGAAAAACACUGACAAAACAGUAAAACAGUUCAAGGCCCAUGCAGUGUUUAAGUUACUUUAUGAAAUUCUGAUUAAUUUUGAACUUCAGAAAAUCACUCCUUAUGUUGUCCAACCACUUGGUUAUUGUAUCCCAGGACACUACACAAUCCAGGAUAUAUUCAAUGAUAAGGUACCUUUAGAUAAAAUUACCGGGAUAAAAAUUGUACAAAAUUUCAUCAAUGAUAUUGAUAGUGAUACUAGUUUGAUUGAUGUUCCGCAGGGUUCUAAAGAUGAAGAACUCUGGCAGUGGUACCUGAACUAUGCAUAUACUAUUACACGUCUUCUAACUCAGCUUGAGACAUUCAACAAAGGACCUGUUUUAUUAUGGGAUAUGCAACAUAGAUCCAAAUGGGGUAGAAAUCAAGAUAAUGUGAUUAAGAUGAUCAGUUUAGAGUCAUUAAUGAUCGAGGAUCCAUUAUGUGCCAAAAAGCAACAACCAGUCAAAAAAGACCCAACACAACGCCAUCUAUAUCUACCUAUGGGUCACUUGACUGAAUAUUGCGCAGCUAUGAAACUCCAGUGUGACCAAGUGACAAAUAUCUGUAAUGGAUUCAAUAGUAGACAGAAUGUUGAUGACAUAUUAAAGCCAUAUUUAAUUAAGCUAUUAGAAGAUCUCCAGUAUGUUCCAGAUAAAGAUGAUGCCAGUUCAGAUGUUGAUGAAGUAGCUGCUUAUAUUAGUGACUUGGUCAUAGAAAUUAACAACUAUGAACUUUCUACCAAGGACAUUUUACUUCGCCUUCAGUCAACUAUAGAGGUUGCUAAAACAUUUGGAAAUAAAGACAUCUUUACAGCUUUUGAUGACUUUUGAUUGAUAAGGAGGAUAGAUGCGCUGCAUUAUCAUGGCAGGUUUCUUAUGGUCUUUAAACGUGUAUUCUUCACCCAGAUUUUGAUCUGUUAAAGUGAUAUUCAUACUUUGAAAUACGUCACACUAUGCUUAUAAAAUAUAUGUGACAAACUCUUUAAUUUUCUGUUAUAUGUAUUCUUCUUACAGAUCUAAUAAAGAGAUUUUCAGACUUGAAAGUUGUUACAGUCUGCUAAUAAAAUAUUUUAGACAAACUAUUUAAUUUGCUAAUCUAGUUUAGGGAAAUUGGUUCAGUAUAAGAGAAUUAUGUUCAAUGAUUCCCUUGGGGCAACUAGAAUCGAUAAACAAUAAACUGAAUCUGAGAAGCAACAUUAGGCUAUAUGUUAACUAUGAAGAUGAU